AUGGGUGUACCCUUCGAGGCCCUGCUUCCCUAUGGGAUUAUCAUGGGCAUGUUUGGUGUGACUGGUUACGGUCUUCACUAUGUCAAGCGCUUUGCCAAUGACGGCAAGAAGGCGCGCUGGAACCGUGACCUGUGGGAUAGAGUAACAAAUGAUGGAGAGAGACCAGCGCAUCACAGGCUCAUUCCGCGGGCAGUCCAGCAACCACCAAGCGCCCACCGGAUUCGAAGUCAGCAACCCAUGGAAGAUCGAGAGUCGGAUCUUCUAGUUUCAAAAAUUGCAGCCUCUUUUCCUUUACGUUCAAUGUCUGCGCCUUCCUUACACCGUGAUCAUACAUAUCCACUGCAAUUUCUCUAG